AUGAAUCGCUUACGAACCAGUACUAUACCAAGAUCCGAGGUCCGCCGAGCUCAUGCAAUGCAACAGCACCCAACUUUCAUUACUCACUCCUCCAAGACCCUGCCUUCAAAGCCUAUCAAUACAAUCUCCACCAAACGCUACAAAAUGAACCAAUUUUCUGAUGUUGGACCCUGCCACGUCCAUAAUGGCAUGAGAGAGGCGAAGCCAUAUCUUGAAGACAACCUCCCGAACCAGCUAUGUCUUCUAUGUACGCGAGCUUUCUGCGUCGACCACAAGGGGAAGGAGGAUGGUGUCUGCGAGAUUAAUCAUGUGACAUGUUAUCGCAAUAAGAUGCUGUAUAUUGAAAGAUUAGAGGAUACCGAUUCUUGA